UGGGCUAGCUGCUUGGUUCUUAAUCUACCUAUAUUCUUUGGUGGUAUUUGAGUCCCUUCAUUCAGAAAGUGGGCGGAACUAAGGAAACAAGAAUACAAUUGGUUCGUAGCGCCAAUUGUAGCGCCAAAGGGAUUGUUUUGAGUGACUAACUGCAUGGUUUAUAGCUGUAUAGCAGUAAUAAAUAAUAAGAAAGAGUCAAGGCUAUACUGAAAUCAUAAGAUUAGGCAGAUCAUACAGAAUUCGAAUCACUAAUUUUCAAUAGUAUUCCUCAGCUUAUCAAGAUAUUUCCCAUAUCUCAACGUUAUCAUCCAAAGUAAAGUAAUCAAAUAAAACAGAAUGUGGACCUGUAACAACAACAACAACAACAACACCAACGGUUCCUUUUCUGAGAUUAGUGAGGAAACCGAUACUAUUUUGUUAGUGUGUGCUUUUUUGCUCUCAACGAUUGGCAUUUCUGCAAAUCUGACGGUUAUUAUUGUUUUUAUCAACUGCAAAAUUCAUCGCAGAUCCUUUACGUAUCUUCUGGUUUUUCAACAGUCUUUGAUCGAUAUGAUAGUAAAUUGCUGCUAUUUAAUAUUCUUUUGUGUUUACCGAAUUGUAUCUGAAAAAAGUGACGACAUUUACUGUAAGUCUUGUACGUUGUUAUUGUUCUUUUUAUCUGCAUCGACGCUAAAUCUUGUCUUCAUUGCUGUAGAGAGGUACAUCGCAGUAGUUCAUCCGUUUAAGUACUGGAUGAGAGGUGACAACACAAGAAGCAUGUUACCGCAGUUGUGUAUUCCAUUCAUCGCUGCGUUUCUAAUAACAUUUCAAUAUUUCUUCAUACUAGAGCCGGACUCUCUACAUCCCAUAAAAUGUACCUUUUGUUACAAAAACGUAGUCUUUCAGAUCUUGUCAGGCAUCAUUUUAUUGCUGGCAAAUAUGCUAUGCCCAAUUUGCACAAUGAUAUUUUGUUACCACCGCGUUUACUUUACACUGAUGAAACAAUCUAAAAUUCGAGCAGAAUUAACUACGGCAAGUUAUAUUGUAGCGGAUAGUGAGAUGAACAUUUCGUCAACAAAAUCCAAUCAGAUGGAUAAGGCACAAAAAAACUUUAUCAUUACUAUGUCAAUCAACACACUGGUCUACGUAAUUUGUAUUUUUCCAUUGCCAUUGCUGUAUCUGGUUUAUACGAUUUGUGAUUGCUUUGACUUUAGUAAUCACAUCUCAAGUGAAAUUGUCAUAAUUAUUAUCGUAUCCAACACGGUAGUUAAUCCGUUUGUUUACGCCUUCAAAUUCAAUGAUUAUAAAGAUGGAUUAUAUAAGACAUUUUGUCGUCAAUUUGACAGAACAUCAUCACCACCAACAUCCUCGGCAUUAACAUAAUAAAACAUAAUUAUCAUCAUCUUCCUAUGCUCACACAGUGUUAUUCAACAUAAUUUAAAUUAAACGUUAUAACACAACCAUCUUUACUUCACUUAUACUUUCACUAUUAGUAUUAUCAUAAUUAUCACUGUCGUUAUCAACGGUAUCAGUAUCACCAUCACACUUACCGCAAUGAUAACAUUAAAGUUAUGCUUCUUAGAAAUAAUCAUUCUAGUUAUAAUGAACACAUUGAGCAUGGUUGGUAACACAACAUCUGAAUAAGAUUGUAAACAACUCUUACAUAUUAAUAGAAAUGUUGGAUAUAAAAUCAUAAUUUUUGGGCAAAAGGGCAGUAGUUUAAGUAAAGCUUUUAGAAAUACGCGACGCUGUCACUAUCAUAAUGUUUACAUAAUAAAUCUAUGUGAUUAGAAUUGUAUUAAGGGUUAUAAUAUUGAAUAUUGCUACGUUUAUUAACCAUUAUUUUAGAAAGACCAUUGCACAUGAAAAACAAGUUGUAAGUAAAAAAAAAUUGUGAGCCAAUAAGUUGAAACUAGAAGUUAAGAUGAAGAAUAUAAUAAUAAUAAAAAAAACUGGAUUAUAUAGAGUACAUGUUAAAAUGUUGUAGUAAAAUUAUGUAGGCCUACACAUUCCUUUCGUCACGUGUUUCUUAAAACUUAAUUGACUUAAUUGUUUUUGGAUAACAAGGUCACCUGAAAAAAAUAGUUCUAUUUUCUCUAUGGUUAUUGGUUCUGUUAUUAAAUUAUUGUAAAUGAAGAACGACAACACAUAAUUGCGUUGUUAUGUGAUUAUGCAGCAUAUCCUUAAUGAUUCUUUCUUACUUGAUAACUGUAAUAUACUGAACCUAAUACUUUUUCUCAAUUGUUUUUAUCCAUUUCCAAUACAGAUUUAACUUUACUCCAUUUAAAUGCUAGGAGCUUAUCGCAAACGAAAGUCGACCAAUCAUAUAUUUUGUUAACUACUUUAAAGCAUAGAUUUUCUGUUACCGGGAUAAGUGAAACCCCUUGUGUAAAAGUGAUUUAAUGAAUAUAAUUUAUAUUCUAUUAAUAUUGUUAAGCAAAUAGAAGGUGGUGUAACUUUUUAUCUAAGAUAAUUUUGAUGUCAAUAUAAGACACGAUUUAAACAGAAAUGACGAUCAUAUUGAAUGAUUAUUUAUUGAAAUUAAUGUAAAUAGGAAACCCACCGUUAUUGGAGUCAUUUAUAGAGCACCUAAUAACUCCAUAGCUAAUUUCAAUCGAACGAUUGAUGAGUUAUUGUCUAAAAUUAAUUUUGAAAAGAAAAUAUGUCACAUUAUUGGUGAUCUUAAUAUCAACCUUUUUAAAAUUGAUGCCAACACACCUACAAAUGUAUUUUUAGAAAUUUUUCAGACUCAUAUUAUCCUUUAACUUAUAAACCGACUUGUAUAACUGAUUGAUCAUUCAUCUUUAAUUGAUCAAAUUUUUACUAAUCUAGUUCUACCUAACAUUACUUCGGUCAUAUUAACUUCGGACCAUUUGUCUAUUUUUCAAAUUAUACAGAAUAGUAAUUAAAAAGAUAAUCAGUCUGGUCAUUAAUAUAUUUUUAAAAUCGAAAACGAAGGAGCUUUUAUCUCUGAUAUGCAGGAAGCAGAUUGGUCUGAUAUUCUUUUAGAACAGCAUAUGCAAUAUUUUAUUUAAUUUUUACUCGUAAUUAUUAUAGUGACUUAAAUAAAAUAAAGGUAAAAGUAAACAGCAUUAAACAGCCAUGGAUUGCAUCUGCCAUUCUUAAAUCUAGCCAUAGAAAACAUCUUCUUUAAAAAAGUGUAUUGCUAAACUAUGUACUGUGAACAAAAAAUAUGCUCUAGCUAUCGCAACAUUUUUGUCAACAUCUGUAGAAUUCAAAAAGAAUUAUUUCCAUAAUAAAUUUGCUGAGGGUAAAAAUAACAUCAAACGUACCUGAAAUGUAAUUAACUCGGUUAUUUUCCCCAACGUACGUACCCAUUAUUCUAUUCUAAAUAAUAUGUUCCAUGAAGAUAUAAAGAUUUUUGGUACACAAAACAUUUGUGACUACUUAAAUAACUAUUUUAUUAAUAUAGGUCAAAAUAUUUCAAAAAAUUUUCCCCUUGAUAACAUUCCUAUGGAUUAUAUAAUAAAUUAUUCUACAAAUUAUUUUUUUAAUUCCCCGGUUGUUGAUCAAGAAGUUUUAAAUAUUAUAAAUAGUCUUAAAUUAUCAAAUAGCAUCAUCACGAUCGCAUACUUUAAAAAAUAGUUAAGCUGUAAAUAUUUGUGUAAAAUUUUAUAUGCACACAUUUAACCCACAUUUUUAAUUUAUCUUUUUCACAAGGAAUUGUCCCAGAUCAUAAGAAAAUUGCUAAAGUUUUACCGAUCUUAAAAAGCUAACAUUUCAAACUACAGACCAAUUUCUAUCCUCCCAAAAAUAUGCAUAGGCCUAAUCGGCUCUAUAAUUUUCUUGAAAACUUUAACCUAUUAACACAAUCUCAGUAUGGUUUUCGAAAGAAACAUAAAAAAAGAACACGCUGUAGGCCUAACUGAAUUAGUCAGCAAAAUCCUUAAAUCAUUUGAAAAUAAAAAAAUUCUCCUUAGUAUCUUCCUUGAUUUAUCGAAAGCAUUCGAUGUCAUUGACCAUCAGUUACUACAUAUAUAAUUAGGUUUAAGUCAUGCAUAACAUGAAACAAUACACAAUUAUUCAAAAUUUUAAGUCAGAUUGUGAAAUUAUUCAAAAUGGGGUUCCUCAAGGGUGAGUACUUGGACCAUUAUUAUUUCUCAUUUUUGUUAAAGAUUUACACAUUGCUUGCAACAAAAUUAACAUUAUGUCCUUCGCUGAUGGCACCAUUCUAUACUACUCCGACUCUAACAUCAUGAAUCUAUUUAGUACUCAAUAUAUUAUAAACUUGUAGAAGUAGCAAACUGGUUUAAGGCUAACAAGUUAACCAUAAAUUUUAAUAACCAAUUAUAUUUUGUUUAGAUCAUGUACAUGUGAUCUUCGUAAUGCUAUAAUUAAUAUUGAUGAUAAUAUUAUUGAGAAUAAGCCUAUUACAUUAUUUCUUGGUGUUGAUAUAAAUGAAAAUUUAUGUUGGAAACCUCAUUUAAAGUCUGUUCAUCAUAAAAUUUCAAAUACUACUGGUAAAUUAAAUAAAGCUAAAUUUAUUUUUCCUUGUAAUACUUUAUUUAAAUUAUAUAAAUUCUAUCAUUUUACCUCAUUUGUUAAAUUGUAAUGUUAUUUGGGAAUCUAACUAUCCAAGUACUAUCAAUGAAUUAAUAUAUAACCCAAAAAAGAAUCGUAAGACUAAUGACAAAUUCUCAUUAUUUAGCAUCAUCUGGAACUUAUUUAAAACUCUUAUUUUUUGGAAUAUUUUGGAUCUUAAUAAAUGUCGUAAUUUAUGUCUUAUGCAUAAAUACUUGGAUAAUCAACUGUCACCCACAAUUAGCAACAUUUUUUCUUCUUGUAACCCUCCCAAAACAUAUUAUACAAGAAAUCUUAUUAUUCCAUAUUGCAGACUUUUUUUUUUCUCUAAACCACCAAGGUCCUUUUUGUUGGAAUAACUUCCCAAUUACACCGUAUUAAAGAAAUAAAAAAAAUCCUUCAUUUUAAGAAAGAGUUGAAGACGUAUUAUUUGUCCAAAUAUUGGUAAUUUGAUUCAGUCUGCUAUUUCUUCUUUUGAGUACUCUCUCCCUUUGUAUUUUUUUAGGUCAACCAAGACAAGCUCGGCUCGACUUCUAGGUUGGUCCUCAUCAAAUGCCUUGUUUUAUAUGUAUAUUUUGGCCAUGAUGAAAUAAAUGUUUUGAUGAUGAUUUGAGUAAAGACUUAUUGAUCCCGACUAGGUUAGAAAAACUUUAUUCUACUGGAAUAGAACAUUGAGUUUUGAGAAUAAUGUUGCUUCCAUUAGAUUUGUUUACAUUAAUUUGGAGGCGGGUGGUGAGGGGGGCAUUUAUUUGAGAAAAAAAAUAAACGCCUCGUGCGUCUAUUUUUUUUUUCUAUAUGAUACUCUAGAGGGGUGUUUAUUCGAGGUGGGCGUUUAUUCGAAUAAAUACGGUAUUAUUUUAUUAAUAAUAAUAAAAAAGCCAAAAAUGGAAAUAUUUAUGUGUUUAUCAGUUUAAGGUACUUUAAUAAAAUACAAAAACACCCAAA